AUGGAAGCCGCCGACUCAACGCCCCCGUCUGAUCUGCCAGUCCUACCGUCCAUCUCGCAACUCGACCUGGCUCGGUCAAGUUUGAGGAGAGAACUCGUUCCUGCCCUCGGUUUCGCCGGAACUCAGCAGCACCUGACUCAUGUUAUCGCUCCUGCCUUGAAUGGAAACAGCCAAUCUUCUCGGUACUAUGGUUUCGUGACCGGAGGCGCGACUCCCGCGGCUGUCUUCGCCGACAAGAUGGUUACCGAUUAUGAUCAAAAUGUUCAAGUGCACCUUCCGAACGAGACUGUAGCUACAGAUGUGGAAGCUGCCGCUCUAGAUCUUGUAUGUCAACUGGUCGAACUGGAUCCUAAAGAAUGGACCCACAGAACGUUCACCACCGGCGCAACCUCGAGCAACAUUAAUGGUCUUGCCUGUGGUCGGGAGUAUGUCAUCUCAACCGCCGCAGCUCGCAACAACACCAAGGCAGAUGUUUCCUCUCUUGGUCUCAUGGCCGCGAUGCGAGUUGCCGGCAUUGACGACAUUCAGAUCUUGACCUCUGCACCUCAUAGCUCCCUGCGCAAAGCUGCUUCAGUGCUUGGUCUAGGUCACGAUAGCGUGAAAGAUGUGUCAGACCCCACUGCACCCCACCGUCUCGAUCUGGAAGCUUUGGAAAAUGCUCUCCAAAGUCCAAGGGCCGCUUCAAUCAUCGCCAUAUCUUGCUCCGAGGUCAACAGCGGCCUCUUCGCUACGACAGGAAAGGACAUGGUACAACUACGUCGCCUCGCUGAUGAAUAUGGUGCCUGGCUACACGUGGACGCUGCUUUUGGUUUGCUUGCUCGCAUCCUGCCAUCCGACGAGCCAGCAUAUGCGCAACUGAAGGAAGGCGUAGAGUCGCUCCAACUGGCCGACUCGAUAGCUGCGGAUGCGCACAAAUUGUUCAACGUCCCCUACGAUUGUGGCAUUCUGCUCUCUCGCCACCUUGACGUCGGCACAGCAGUUUUCCAAAAUCCAGGUGCUCCUUACUUGAAUGCUGCUGCUGGUUCCGUGCCCUCGCCUCUGAACAUUGGCAUUGAAAACUCGAGACGCUUCAGAGCCCUGCCCGUCUAUGCAAAUCUGGUCGCCUAUGGAAGAUCUGGCUUCGUCAACAUGCUAGAGAACCAAAUCGCGCUCGCUCGGGGCAUAGCCUCCUACAUCCAAUCGAGUAGCGUCUUUAAGCUUCUUCCGGAGGUAGAAUCAGGUUCUAUGGACCCAUUAAGCCGAGUCUUCAUCAUUGUGCUGUUCAAAGCCAUUAAUUCCGAGCUAAACGACACAUUGGUCAAAAAGAUCAACGCUACACGCAAGAUCUACGUAUCAGGCACUAAACAUGCAGGGCAACCGGCAUGUCGAUUCGCUAUAUCUAAUUGGCAAACCAGCGUCGAGAAGGAUUUGGCUGUCAUUAUAGACGUAUUGGAGACUGUAAGCAGUGGUCAUAACAAGCAGUAG